AGGUGAUUGGUUGGAGACGACUGUCGAUCUGUUGACGUCCACCCCCCGCCCAGGCGCGAAACGUAACGCGGGAAAAGUCUCGGCUCGGGCUGGCGAGUCGCGGCGCGGUCGGGAAGCGGGCCAGAGCGAGACGGGAUGUCGGUGCUCUUGCGCCCGGCGGAGUCCCCGAAGCGCGUCCUGGUCUCCGUCAUCAAGACCACACCGGUCAAGCGGCCCCGCGAGGAGGAGGAGGCGGCGGUGGCAGCGUCUGCCCUGGGGCCCCCGGUGCCCACCAGCCCGGGCUUCAGCGAGUUCAUGGUCUACCCGUGGCGCUGGGGGGAGAACGCGCACAACGUCACGCUCAGCCCGCCGCCACAGGCUCUCCGCGCCGACGGAGCGCGAGGAGGAGGAGCCGCCCCACAGCCGCCUCCUCAAGACGACGAAGCCGGCAGCCCGGACAGCGGCCUCGGCGGGCACUUGCGGGAUGGGAUCAGACGUGGCCGUCCAAGAGCAGACACAGUCCGAGAUCUGAUAAAUGAAGGUGAACAUUCUUCUAGUAGGAUUCGCUGUAAUGUUUGCAACAGAGUCUUUCCGCGAGAGAAGUCUUUACAGGCACACAGAAGAACCCACACUGGUGAAAGACCUUAUUUGUGUGACUACCCAGAGUGUGGGAAAGCCUUUGUUCAGAGUGGACAGUUGAAGACACACCAGCGUCUUCAUACAGGAGAAAAACCUUUUGUUUGUGCAGAAAAUGGAUGUGUAAGCAGAUUCACACAUGCAAACCGUCAUUGUCCCAAGCAUCCGUAUGCAAAGCUAAGGAGAGAAGAACCAACAGACAGGUUGAACAAAAAGCAAACUGCAGACAACAAGGCUGUUGCUGAAUGGUUAGCAAAGUACUGGGAGAUGAGAGAACAGCGUACACCUACAUUGAAAAGUAAGACUACCCAUAAGCCUGACCAAGAGCAGCAAGAUCCCAUGGAAUAUCUUCAGUCUGAAGAUGAUGAGGACGAGGAUAAAUAUGCUGCCCAUUUAACCCCUUGUAGCCGGCUGCAAGAACAGCGUGAACGUUUGCAUGGUGCACUGGCGCUCAUUGAGCUCGCAAAUUUGGCCGGAGCACCACUUCGGCAAUAGUAGAAAACUGGACCUACUGCAUUUUGGUACUUAAACCAAUUAGCUUCUGAGCAUAAGCUAAGCACCUUAUUUGCUUCUAUAGGCUGCUAUUAUGUACGUAGAAAUUAUGAAGAAUGUUGUUGCCUCGGAAAAUGGGGUGAGAGAAUUGCACUUUUUUUAUGGUAAGACAGUUGUAAAGCUUUUUAAGUAUUUUGUAAAUAGGGACACACUAACACAGUGUGGGAAAUACUCAUGUAAUAGAAUGUUCCGUUUGCAAGAUUAGGGUUAUGCUGUUUAAUCUCAGCUGUGUGGAAGUAAGUUUCUGCAAACAGUGGGACUUGCUUCUAUGUAAAAGAUCAAGAUGCCAGUCAUUCUUUCAUUCAGUUCUUACAGGAAGCACUUUCUGAACUCAUUAGGUUGGAAUAAAGGGAGGUUUUAGUGGACAUAUUUUUUUGGAAAAAAAAUCCUCUAAAGAUUAACCCAUCCAUGUCUUUUCAGUCUUUGGUGUUUGCUUACCAUUAAUGACAAGAAUGCCAGAAUAGUUGUCUUCAUCUUGUAGAAGCAUUGAAUAGCUUAGCUGGGUGACAUUGUUCAGGAUCUUCACUGGCUGCUGACAUGGAGAGUGACUUUGUAUUUGCGGACUGAGAUCUCAGCAGACUCUUGGUUGAGUAGCACUUGUUGUUCUUACUAGAAUGUUGGGAACGUUUGCACAUUGUUCAACUUAUCUAUAACUGAGUGAUUAAUCUUGCAAAAUUUAGGUAUCAUGGCAUCACAGUAAGUGUGAAUUUCAGAUUUCUGAGAUCCUGUAACUACAGCAUUUGUGUGUUGUUCAGAUAUUUCCAUGCUUACAUUGGUUUGUAGUAAAAUAUAUUACCGUAAUAGCAAACACUAAACUGCCGCUUCAAAAGAUUUUCUUGCAAAUAGUUAUUUUUCUUAAAUAACUUCAUUUUACUGCUUUAUUUGAACUUACAGCCAAGUCUGUGUUCAUUAACUGUAGUUCAGUCUUUGAUAAAAUUGCAAUUAGGAAAAUAGGCUUCCAGCAGUAGUUGCAAGUGUUGAGAUACUUGUGGUAGUAUUCUUCCCGUAAAUGAAGUUAGAGAUAGCACUUAGUGCUCUUGAGCAAUAAAAAUAAUUUUUUGGCUGGACACUGUAUUCUUAAAUAAUUUAUCAUAAGCUCGACUUGUGCCUUUAUAACUGUCUGAGCAAAUGAGUAAAAGUACGUAAUAGGCUGUGGACCCUUACUAAGGUACAGGUCUUACUUACUAAGGUAUAAGCAAAUGAACUACCUGAUCUUUGUCUAAUUAAUGUCUGUUUCAUUCUGGAAUUGGAUUCCUUCUGAUCUCAGCAAAUAUGCAAAGAAAACGCAUACUUGUGAAGUUUAAUGGCCAGUGUCCUAACAGGCAGGAUUAAAGUAUACAGUUUUUAUUAAGGUAUACUCCCUGUGUUUGUGGGAGAUGUGUUCCUGGACUUUUAUGUGGUUACGCAAAAGCGUAUUUUAAUAGCAAGCUCUGGUCCAAGAAUACCAUGGGGGUCACACUGGAGGCCCUAGGAAACAGCUAAAGACAUAAUAUAACACUAUGUAAAAUUAUUUUUUGUUCCUGGGUUAUAAAUGUCUUUCCUUAUUUCUUCUCUCAUAACAACAUGGGAAAAGUUUAUUAAAUUGCAAAAACUUUGUUUUUGUGGGACGUCCUGCAGCACAUUUUGCUAUAAUUUUUCAAUGAAUAUCUUAUAGAAUCUCAACCAAUUCAACAUAGUUUGUGAUAGCCACAAAAACAAAGUUUCUGGAAUAUAACUACUUUCAGAGUAUGUACUGCACAAUUAAACAGGAAAUGACACUUUCAGACUGGGAACAGAAUGUUUUUCAAAUAUUGUUACAUAGUGUAAUUUGUUAGACAUGGAUAAAUGAAUGGUGGAUACUGACUGCAGAUGCUGGGGUAGUACACAUUGCUUACUUCUAAGAUUAUCAUUAUGUUCUAUUUUGGAUUCAAGUAUCUCAUACAAAUAUUUCCUCUUAAAUACUUGAGGGAGCACUUAGAUCUUAAGAGGAAAGUGGGAACGGUCAGCUUUUGUAGAGGGAUAUCUGAAUCUAUCCCUUUGGCUGUAGUAUGUGCUUUGUUUUGGUACAUCCUUAGAAUUAUGUAUUAAUGUUUGUAGACAGUUUGCAAGGGAAAAAUGCUUGCACUUCUUGGAAUAUUGUAGGAGACCACAUCCCCUACAUAUGAGAACAAGGCCUGGCUUGUUGAUACACAUAAAGUUCCUCCCCUUUUCACCACAUUUACACAGAAUACAUAUUAAAAUAUGUAUUUAAUCAAAACACAUUCUGCCUAGCUGCUUUACCAAUUAUGUAUAAAAUACAUUUUUGGAACCAUUGCAUCGAUUUUUAAAAUGUUUUAAAUGUGGCGAUUCAAGGAUUCUCUGCUUCACAUGAUUAAGUUGUACUUUCAGCAUGAGUUUAAAUGCUGUAAUUCUAAUAAGCUUUGAAUAAAAAGUUGCUUGACUUGU